CAGCCGCUCCUGGACUCCCGAAGAGUCGCCUGCGGACCGGUGGAGGACUGCAGGACGGUUCGGCAGCACCGGGACAAAGCAAAUCCCCUUUCUCCUCACGGUGGACCGGACUGACGGCUGCCUGAACAGGAGGAAAACAACUUUGGAAAGAAAUGCACAGAUGACCACCGAGGAUUAGCUUUCUCACUGAAAUUUUUUUUGUUUGUUUGUUUCUGCAUCAUCCACAUUUAUAUAGGAGCCUAUUUGGCUGCAUAUUCAGUUACUGCCAGACACUGGAAGGGAGACAGGAAGAGGACAACAUGGACUUAGUGAGAGAGUCAGAGCAAACAGAUGAGUCACUUAUGAGUGACAGAUGACGCAACAGUGUCUGGAACAGAUUCUUCUAGCAGACCAUGGAGCUAAUUGGACCAAGAGAAAGGGAGAAAGCGUUUUUUUCACAAGUGUCUGCUGUUUAUUUUUUAUUUUGCCAGUGACAAAACAGUCUCGGGCAGUUGGGAAGCAAUGACCUAAUUCAAAUUAAAUGACCUCACGCUGAUAAGUAGCACGCCUCCUCACUGGGUGAUGGAACACAAUCACAAAUCAGAUAUCAUUAAGGCCAGAGUGUGUGAGGUUACAUGAUACGUCUGUGGGUUUAACCAGGAGGGGUAAGUUUUGAUGCUACAUUCAGUGAUGCUACGGCGCGGGCUAAUAUUAUGGGUGUCCCGUGUGGGGGGGCUUCUGGUGCUCCUCUGCUGCUCCCUUUCUCUCCUCUAUGUGAUGAGGUGCAGCCCACCAUAUUCUAAUGACCCUCCACUGAGUCAUGUAUUACCCCAUGCAGGAUCUAAUCACCCCAGCCUAGGAGGCACAAGGCCAGAAACUGGAGCAGGAGCUGGUGGGGCAGGAGGAGCUGGAGCUGGGCCUGCCCAUAGUGGUGGUCCUCCAAGCGUCCAUUCUUACCAGGUGCUCCUCCAAGAGCGUGAGGAGCAGCACCGCCUCCACAUCUCCUCUUUGAAGAAACAGAUAGCUCAGUUGAAAGAGGCUUUGCAGGAGCGCAGCCAGCAGUUGAAAGGAGUACAGGAAAGCCUGAAAAGGGUCAAUGGAGGCCCAGCAGAGGGGCAGGAAGGAGGUGGUGGAUCUCAAGGAGGUGUUGUUGGAGAAGCUCAGGGAGCAAAGAGCCAGCAGACAGACCUACAGGAGUUCCUGAGGGCCCAGCUGUCAAAGGCUGAGGUGACUGCCGGCAUCAGGUUGCCCAGCGAGUACGCCGUAAUGCCGUUCGAGAGCUUCACCCUGCAGAGGGUAUACCAGCUGGAGAUGGGGCUGACGCGUCAUCCUGAGGAGAAGCCUGUGAGAAAGGACAAACGAGAGGAGCUAGGGGAGGUGCUAGAGACGGCUCUGCACAGCCUCAACACGCCUUCAUCGGAGCAGGACCGCAGGAGUGCAGCGGAUAAGACCCAAACUACCAAAGUCUACACACCAACUGACUUCAUAGAAGGUAUCACUCGUACAGAGAGGGACAAAGGUACGUUAUACGAGCUGACCUUCAGAGGGGAGUCGAGCAAUGAGUUCAGACGCCUGGUCCUCUUCCGGCCCUUCGGACCGCUCCUAAAGGUGAAGAGCGAGCGGGUGGACACAACCGACGUGCUCAUCAACAUCAUCGUCCCGCUGUCCAGACGCACGGACAAGUUCAAGCAGUUCAUGCACAACUUCAGGGAAGUCUGCGUGCGUCAGGACGGCCGGGUCCAUCUGACGGUGGUGUAUUUUGGGAAAGAGCAGAUGAGCGAAGUCCGCAGCACUCUGGAGAACACAUCCAGGGAGGCAAGUUUUAAGAACUACACACUGCUGCAGCUCGAUGAGGAGUUUUCUCGAGGGCGGGGUCUCGAUGUCGGUGCCCGAGCCUGGAAGGGAGGCAACGUGCUGCUUUUCUUCUGUGACGUGGACAUCUACUUCACCGCCGACUUCCUUAACACCUGCCGACUCAACACACAGCCCGGUAAAAAGGUCUUCUACCCAGUGUUAUUCAGCCAGUACAACCCCAGUCUGAUCUAUGGAAGUCCAGAACGUAUCCCGCCAGUGGAGCAACAGCUGGUGAUCAAGAAAGACACGGGUUUCUGGAGGGAUUUUGGUUUCGGCAUGACUUGUCAAUACAGGUCCGACUUCCUCAACAUCGGAGGUUUUGAUAUCGACAUCAAAGGCUGGGGCGGUGAAGAUGUUCACCUCUACAGGAAGUACCUUCACAGCAACCUCCUGGUGGUUCGAGCGCCGUCCCGAGGCUUGUUCCACCUGUGGCAUGAGAAGCACUGUGCUGAUGAGCUCCCACCGGACCAGUACCGCAUGUGCAUGCAGUCCAAGGCCAUGAACGAGGCCUCGCACGGCCAGCUGGGGAUGCUGUUCUUCAGGCACGAAAUCGAAGCUCACCUCCGCAAGCAGAAACUGCAGCAAAACUCAAACGCUAAGAAGACAUGAAAACUCAAACACUGGUUGAAUUAUAAUGACUGCAGUGAAAUGGAGCAGGUGAAUCCAACUGAUCUGAAUUUCAUAUUUUAAGUGGAUUGCUGUGAAAUGCUCUCAUUUGCUUUCUUGACCAGAGCUGGAAGCAAAACAAAAAAAAAAGGACAACUUUUGGGAUAGUUUGCUUAGCACGAAGACUGAAAACAAGGGAAAAAUCUCUCGCUCUGUAAAGUCUAAAAAAAGACCACUUGCUGAGUUAUGCUACAAGAUAAAGGAGUUUUUGUCAUCUUUGGAUGGGUCAGGCAAUUUUUUUACGUGUUUCCCAUCUUUAUGCUAAGCUAAAGCUUCAUCUUUAGCCUACAGAUAUAAAAGUAGUGUCAGUCUUCUCAUCUAACUCUCAGCUAGAAAAUCCAUCUAUCCAUCUUCUUCCGCUCAUCCAGUGCAGGAUUGCAGAAGGGUCCCAGCUGUCAUAGGUGCAUUCUGGACAGGUCGCCAGCCUGUCGCAGGGUCAACACAGAGUGACGGACAACCAUUCACACCUAUGGACGAUUUAGAAUCACCAAUUAACCUACCCCCACUAACUGCAUGCCUUUGGACUGUGUGAUGAAGCACCCAGAUGGAACCCACGCAGACAAAGGGAGAACACACAGACUCCAGCAGUGGAUUUGAACCCAGGACCUUCUUGUUGUGAGGCAACAGUGCUAAUCACUCCUUUAAAUGAAAAGAUGUGAAGACUUUGUAUGUUCACAACAUGACAUUAGAAGAAAAAAAGUGUGUGUCUAUAUAUAUAGACACACACACACAC